AUGUUGUCUCUGUCUCUGUCGCUACCAAGGAAGAGGGUACUUGGUUUCACGGUGAACUUCUUGAUCCGAUGCAAGAUCUUUUCCAGGAUAAGUCAUACGACAUCUGUAUCCCGAUACAUCUCCGUGUGCGCCAAUUAUGAGCAGGUGGAAUCACCUGAACGAUAUAACGAUGAGUUUUCAAAUCGUAACGUGGUUUACGAAAUCUUGCAGCUUUGUGCUACAAACAGAUCUGUUAUGGAAGCAAAAGCUUGCCACGGGAAGAUUAUACGUAUCGAGUUGCAGGGAGAUGUUACUGUGUCGAAUGUUCUUAUUAAUGCUUACGCCAAAUGUGGUUUUGUGAAUCUUGCUCGCCAAGUGUUCGAUGGAAUGCUUGAGAGAACCUUGGUUUCUUGGAACACAAUGAUUGGUUUGUAUACUCGGAACAGAAUGGAGUCAGAAGCAUUGGAUCUUUUCUUGGAGAUGCGAAACGAAGGGUUUAAGUUUAGCGAAUUCACGAUCUCUAGUGUUCUUUCUGCUUGUGGGGCUAAUUGUGAUGCCUUGGAAUGCAAAAAAUUGCAUUGUUUGUCAGUGAAGACAUCUCUUGAAUUAAAUUUGUACGUUGGUACUGCAUUGGUUGAUCUUUAUGCAAAAUGCGGGAUGAUCAAGGACGCGGUGCAUGUUUUCGAGUCUAUGCAGGACAAGAGUUCAGUUACAUGGAGUUCUAUGGUGGCAGGUUAUGUUCAAAACAAGAGUUAUGAAGAGGCUCUCCUUCUUUAUCGUCGAGUUCAGAGUCUAGAGAGGAAUCAGUUUACAUUAUCUUCAGUAAUUUGCGCUUGUUCGAAUCUGGCAGCUUUAAUAGAAGGGAGACAGAUGCAUGCUGUUAUACAUAAGUCUGGGUUUGGUUUUAAUGUCUUUGUGGCAUCCGCUGCAGUUGAUAUGUAUGCUAAGUGCGGAAGCUUGAGAGAGUCUUAUAUUAUUUUCUCGGAAGUGAAAGAGAAGAAUAUCGAGCUUUGGAACACGAUCAUCUCAGGGUUUGCAAAGCAUGCUCGUCCUAAGGAAGUGAUGAUCUUGUUUGAUAAAAUGCAGCAAGAUGGAAUGCACCCAAAUGAGGUUACUUUUAGUUCCUUGUUAUCUGUUUGUGGUCACACUGGUUUGGUCGAGGAAGGAAGGAGAUUUUUCAAACUCAUGAAAACCACGUACGGUCUAUCGCCAAAUGUGGUUCAUUACUCAUCUUUAAUAGAAGGGAGACAGAUGCAUGCUGUUAUACAUAAGUCUGGGUUUGGUUUUAAUGUCUUUGUGGCAUCCGCUGCAGUUGAUAUGUAUGCUAAGUGCGGAAGCUUGAGAGAGUCUUAUAUUAUUUUCUCGGAAGUGAAAGAGAAGAAUAUCGAGCUUUGGAACACGAUCAUCUCAGGGUUUGCAAAGCAUGCUCGUCCUAAGGAAGUGAUGAUCUUGUUUGAUAAAAUGCAGCAAGAUGGAAUGCACCCAAAUGAGGUUACUUUUAGUUCCUUGUUAUCUGUUUGUGGUCACACUGGUUUGGUCGAGGAAGGAAGGAGAUUUUUCAAACUCAUGAAAACCACGUACGGUCUAUCGCCAAAUGUGGUUCAUUACUCAUGUAUGGUUGAUAUCCUUGGUCGCGCUGGGCAACUGUCUGAAGCAUAUGAGUUGAUAAAGUCUAUUCCUUUCGACCCUACUGCUUCCAUUUGGGGUUCUCUUCUUGCUUCUUGUAGAGUCUACAAAAACCUCGAGCUAGCAGAAGUUGCAGCCAAGAAACUAUUCGAAUUAGAACCAGAAAAUGCUGGUAAUCAUGUCUUGCUAUCCAAUAUAUACGCGGCAAACAAACAGUGGGAUGAAAUCGCCAAAUCAAGGAAGCUUCUAAGGGACAGCGACGUGAAAAAAGUAAGAGGAAAAAGUUGGAUUGAAAUUAAGGACAAGGUCCACACUUUUAGCGUGGGAGAAAGCGGUCAUCCGAGAAUCCGUGAGAUCAGUUCGACGUUAGACAAUCUGGUGAUUGAGUUGAGGAAGUUUGGAUACAAACCAAGCAUAGAACAUGAGCUGCACGAUGUGGAGAUAGGGAAGAAAGAGGAGCUUUUGUUGCAGCAUAGUGAGAAGCUGGCUUUGGUUUUUGGUUUAAUGUGUUUGCCAGAGGGUUCUACUGUGAGGAUCAUGAAGAAUCUGAGGAUAUGUGUGGAUUGCCAUGAAUUCAUGAAGGCUGCAUCAAUGGCUACAGGAAGAUUAAUCAUUGUUAGAGAUGUUAAUAGGUUUCACCAUUUCAGUGAUGGUCAUUGUUCUUGUAGACAAUUUUGGUGA